AAAGUUCACUGCCCAGUCACUAUCUCUACUUCAGUCUACCUGGGCAUAAUUUUAACUGACUUUUUAGCAACAACAUUAAGCAACUCCUGAGCUAUGAAUCUUUCUGAAUUUAUAUUUCAAGCAGUAAGAAACAAAAUUGUUUCACCUGCAAUUCAAGAAAAGAAUUUCACAUCAAUCUUCAAUCCUUAAGAAGGGGCUACAACUGUAAUAAAAGGUUGUUUAUUUUUUUCAAAGCAGGUUUUCCCUACUCUCUCAAACACCACACAUAUGAAGUAGCUCAAAACUGCAAUUUCUAUUUUGGGGGUCAUCCGGGAUCCACAGACGUGACUUUCAAUUACUUGGAAUUUCAAAACAGAGGCUCCCUACUAACAAUGCAUUAGUGGCAAAAUAUUCCCCCAUUUUGUUUCCUUUGUGGGAGAAAAGUUCUUUAAAUUGGAAAUAAUCUCUACUUAUAAAGAUUACAUUGGAAUUAGUUCUUUUUUUCCUUUAGGAGGGCAGCCAUUUCUCCAAAGGUUUUGGUAAAAGUUAUGGCUCAGAUUUCAAAAUGCAAACAGAUGUUCCUGAAGCAACCGAAACGGGCCACUCCACUUUUAUUCCCAGAACCCUGGCGACUCCCAAGUUACUUUGUGUCCCAACUCUGCAAAGGGCAAAACCCCAUCCCCUUUUGGUGUAAACUUUCAAGAGAAGUAGAACAGCACACUUUCGGAGUUUCCCAAAGCGGCUGGCGACGUGCGAGGUCAGGUCGUUCUGAGAAUCGGGGUUGGACAGAAGGAAUCUCGAGGGCAAGAGCGCUCAGAGAUUUGCACGUGCCGCGAUCUAGCUGGUCCCUGGGGAGAAUUUGUGGUUGCUACAGUAGGAAAAAGGCUGUCCCUUUCCACAGCCCUGGCCACGGGGUGGCCUUGGUGCAUGGGGGGAGAUGGUGGGUGCGCCUGGCUCUCCGCCCUCGGAGCCUCCAGCUGACUGCCACGCCAAAGGGACGCGCGGCCGGAGCUGCAACCUCCACCCGCCCCCGGGGCGCCAGUCUUUGGAAUGUGGCGUCGCCCCCACCAUGCCCAUCGAAGUGGGGGUCCCGCUAAACCGGGCCUCGCCGCCAUACCCAGGCCACAUGGGGGUGGGGAAAGAACUUAGCGGAGUUCGACCUCAGGAUCAGAGCCCCCGUGGUAGGAGCAAAGGGUAGUCGUUUCACCCGGUCUCUCCCCAGUUGGGGUCUCGGGAAAUUCGGGGUAAUUACCCAAGAACCCCGCCCUCUCUGAGAGGCGAGGUUGCGGGGCUGCCGGGACGGUUUGAGGACCGGGCCCGGCCGGAGAGACUCAAACCUUCACCCCCGCGGCCCCCGGUCCCACUCCCGCCGUCUCCCGGCGCCGCCACUUCAGGCAGCCCACUCGGCCCGGCCUCUCCCCGCGCCCGGACCACCCCCCAUGGGGUGCUCUCACUGCGCAGCGAGUCCCUCCGCUGCCUCCUCCCAGCCCAAAAUGGCGGCGGCGGCCACCGAUCCUUCUCGUCGCCUUCCUCUAGGGCCGAGGAUACCUCCGCGCCCAAGCCCCUCCCCCUCCAGCCGGAUCUAUUUUCUGCCCAGUAAAGAUUAACGCCAUCAAUGAACUCUUUAAUUGAGGUGUGGUAGGCGGGUCUGAUUGUGCUUCCGCACAGCUAAUCGUUGACGAAUGGGGGAAUAUUGACAGGUGAAUGGACCAAUCAAAGGAGGCAUCGCAGGUGUCACUAGUUAAAGGCCUCUGAUGAAAGAUUGGGAACAGAAGAAGGUGGCUUCUCCAAACCGACCACCACCAGCCGCCCUGGAGGAGGCCAAGAUCUCUGGCAUUUGUGGGAGCCCCCGAACAUCCCCUGAGCCUCAUGACCCUGGAGGUUCCCAGCCCCUAACCCCUCGGAUGGAGAGCCACUCAGAGGAGGAAGACCCUCCUGAGGCUGGCGGUGGCCUGGACUGGAAUGGUAGGAGUCCCCAGGCCCAGAGCCCAGGGGGUUGUUCCGCAGAGGCCAUGCUGGCUCGGAAGAAGCACCGCUGGCGGCCUUCAAAGCGCAAGCGGCAUGCUCACUUCGGCAGCACAUAUACAAAGCGCAAGCAGCACUGGCAGCCCUACUUGGAGCUCAGCUGGGCUGAGAAGCAACAGCGGGACGAGAGGCAGAGCUAGCGGGCCUCCCGGGUCCGAGAAGAAUUGUUCGCCAAAGGCCAGCCCGUGGCACCCUACAACACCACCCAGUUCCUGAUGAACGACCGAGACCCCAAGGAGCCCAACCUGGAUGUGCCCCAGGGGGCCUCCCACCCAGGCUCCAGCGGGGAGAGUGAGGCCGGGGACAGUGACGGGCAGGGCCGCGCUUGUGGGGCGUUCCAGCAGGAGGAUUUCUCUGAGGCCUAUGAGCGCCAUCUCCCCGAGAGCCUGCAGGGCCGCAGCAAGGAGGAGCUGGUGCGAGACUACCUGGAUCUGGAGAGGCAGCUGUCCCAGGCCGAGGAGGAGGUGAGGAGGCUGCAGCAGCUGCCGAGGCGCACCAGCGGGUACCCCUGUUGCCAGGUGGAGGAACUGGCCGCCGAGGUAGAGAGGCUCCAGAUGGAGAACCAGCGGCUCCGGACGGAGAACCAGCGACUUCGGCAGGAGAACGAGAUGUGGAACCGGAAUCAAGAAGGCUGCCGCCGUGGUGGGCAGCCGGGCCGCUAGGGGUGCCCCCCCGCCCCAGCCAGGCUGACUCAAGGAGUGUACCCUCAGGCCAGCUGAGUCUCAAGGGGGCAGGUCUCUGUCCCCCUGCUCUCCCUGAGAACAGCCUAUACAGGCUCAGGCUUCUACCUUGUCAUGUCUACAAUUUGUUCUUGGAUGUCGUUACUUUUCACAAAGGAAUUAAAUGAUUUUGGUGAGAUCA